AUGUCGAAACAACCUGAUCAACUCGAAGCCGUUCCUAAACCAACUGGUUCUGACACAUCACCAUCUCAACAACACCCACAACAAGAACCAUCCUCUACAACUUCUUCUUCUCAUACUACAAUACCAAGAAAAGAAAACAACGAAUCAUCCAUUUCACCAAUCCUAGCUCCAAAUGGAUUAACAAAAGAAGUAAGAAAUGGUGCAAGGAAAUCUAAAGAUCUAUCAAAAGAUGAUGAAGAGGAAAACAAUCGGGUUAAGAAGACAGUGAGACGGUUUGAAAAUAAUCAGGUUUUUAAACCUAGAUCGUUUUGUAUUGAUGAUCAUUAUAUUGUUGAGGAUAAUAGAGCUGUUGAAGGAACUUUAUAA